CUCGCGUUGGCUGCAGUGUGCGGCCAACAUGGCAGCUUCCUUGCCGUAAUCGUCGAAGAUGAUCGGCUGCGCGCUCAGAGGCCGUCAAACUCCGAUUAAAUGUCACAACUGAGCUCCGCUUAUCGCUGCUGCACCCGCCGGCAUGGCAGCCAAGACGCAGGUGUACCUGCACAACUUCUUCGUCUACAACCCCACGUACGGGAAGCGGGAGGACGAGGAGCACAAGAAGAUAAUAUAUUACUACCCUGAAGACGCUGAGCAAGACGUGAAAUUACGUAAUGUUGGCCUCUGUGAGGCACUCGUAAACUUUACACAGACCUUCUCCCCAUCAAAGCCCUGUGAAGUGCUGCACACCCAGAAGACUCGGCAGUUCUUCCUGCAACCCGAGGAAAACUUCUGGAUGGUCAUGACAAUAGGCCUGCCAACACAGCAGAAGACACGCAAUAACCAGCUAUACGUAGAGCACCUUUCUGAUGACAUCCAAGACCACGUGUACCAGGCUAUUCUUGAGGGCGUUUACAAGAUGUUCCAGAUGUUUGGAGGCUCACUGUCAGAGGUGCUCGCCGAUCCUUUGAAAAAGGGCAAGCUGAAAGACUUUCUGGACUGGCAAAUCCCCCGCCUGCGUGUCCAGCAUGCCGACCUGCUGGACGUGUUCCAAGGGGUGCAGUUCUUGCCGCUGGACAAGCACGCUUUCCUCCGGGUCCAGUGCUUCGUCAACCGACUCGAGGGACGCUUUGGAGAAAUCCGGUCUUCCGUCUUCCUCUGCAAUGACCUGCUUGUCUGGAGUGGCCUGGAGCAGGGGGACAUGCAGGUGCUGUACCAGUACCUGGUGCAUGACGUACUCCAGAGCACCGUGGAGAGCGAGCUCCUGCCAGGGUGCCCUCUUGCACCGAAACCAGCAACAGGUGCCACCCAGUGCAGGUUCCUGUACGGUCCGGUUGACGAGGAAGAGACCCUGUCGCGGACUCAGCGAAUUUACGUGUCUGACUCAUUGGGUCAGCGAGAGCAGUGCCACCUGUUGAUCUUCAGGGCAUACAGCUCCACCGUCUGCCUCCUGUUCAACGUAAGUCACGAGCUGACAGUGGCAUUCCUCAAGAGCCUGGAGAGCUACCUCUCCACGGAGUUUGUAGCCCUUGCCAACGAGAUCGGCAAGCAGUGCACCAAGCUGUCCAGCCUUUCCCCUCUGGACGGCCAGAGCAAAUACAUCUACUUCAACCGCAUGAACCUGGCUCAGAAGUCGACGGUGCAUUCCGAGAGAAGGACGGGUAUUGUGGUGCCUCCAGAAUUGGUUCGCUUCUUGGCUGACAUCAACGAGGAUCUAAAACAGGUCGAGGAUGCUGGUGAGAUGACGGCCAAGACGACCAGCGAGUGGUGGGUGGUCGGGAAGGUGUCGGACCAGCGCGAGUUUUACGUCGUGCUCAACCAGAAGAGCGCCAACAUCAUCCAGAUACAUGAUGAAGUCAAGAGGCUAUGUGCCAGCCAGUUUCAGAACAUUUUUUUUCUCGACUGACCACGGCCUCCACUGUGUGUUUGUACAUAAUAAAUAUGUUGCCUCGAA